AUGACUGGAGGUCCAUCCAUCAAAGAUUUUGACCACACAACAAAGGAGUUGUCACGAUUAAUGACGAAUCUUAUAGAGAUACAGCUUAAAUCAGAAGAGAAACGUGAAGCAGAUGCUAAAGCUCAUCAAAUAUUAAUGAAUCGCCUAGUACAACUCUCAAAAGACACUGUAAAGCAUCUCCAAAACCAACCCAGAUCCACAGUUGGUGAACAAAACACCCCAAUUACUGGUCACUCUGAAACUCAUAGAGCUAGUCAUGGUUCACCUGCAAAUUCUCUCAAACCAGUAAAACUUGACUUUCCAAGGUUCGAUGGUGAAAACCCCAGAAGAUGGUUACGCAAAUGUGACAGAUUCUUGCAGAUGCACCCCAUGGAAGAAACUCAAAAGACGGACUUUGCUUCCAUGUACAUGGAUGGUAGAACUGACUCAUGGUUCAUCGACUACUGUUCCGGUAAAACAUCUGCUCCUUGGUAUGGAUUUUCUAACCAUCUUUGCCGUCGAUUUGAGGAUUUAGCUAAUAAUAACUAUGUUGGUUGUUUUAAUAAACUCACUCAAAUCACUAAUGUGGAAGAAUAUUUCCAAAUAUUUGAGCAACUCAAAGCUCUAAUGAUUUCCAAAAACCCUUCCCUGGAUGAAGAGUACUUUAUUGUUAGUUUUAUUAGUGGAUUGAAACCUGAGAUUAGUAACUCAGUUAGACUGCACAACCCCACAUCUCUUUCUCAGGAUUUUUUCUUAGCCAGACUUCAAGAGAAAACGCUUGUUUCACCACUUAAAUCUCCUUUCACUAAACAACCCACUACCUCCACUUAUUUCAAUAAAUCAUCUACCUUUACUAAACCUACCACCUCACCCGUGGUUUCCACUCCAAUAAACCCAAUUCUCCAGAAAUCUACUUAUAUACCUCCUACUAAAAGAUUAACUCAAGAACAAUUAGCUCAGAGGAGAGCCAAAAAUUUAUGCUACAAUUGUGAUGAGAAAUAUGUUUAUGGCCAUAAAUGCAAGACCCAACAACUCUUUAUGGUUCUAGCUGAAGAAUACUCACCUCCAGAUCACACUACUUCAUCCACUGAGCCAGAACAACCCAUCAAUGUGGCAGUCACAAUUCUAGUGGACACGGGAAGCACUCAUAGUUUCAUAGAUGUUGCUCUUGCUAAGAGAUUAUUCUGCAAUAUUCAACCAACAUCUCACUUACUAGUUACAGUAGCAAAUGGAGAAAGAAUUACAAGCUCUAGGGUUUGUCAACAGAUGGAAUGGCAGAUUCAAGGCCAUCAAUUCAAAGAAGACUUUCAUGUUCUUGCAUUGGGUGGUUGUGAUAUUGUAUUGGGGGCAGACUGGCUUAAAACUCUAGGUAAUGUCAUGUUCAACUUCCCCAAAUUAACUAUUUCCUUCACUCAUUUGGGAACCAACAUCACUCUCACUGGUAUAUCUACUAAGUCUUCAUUUAUGAUGGUUAAUGGUCAAGUUGUUCAAAAAUUUAUUAAAUACCAUACCCCAGCAUUUGUUGGUCAAUUUUUUGCUAUUUCAGCUGAACCACCUCUUACACCCAUUCCUUCACCAGUCCAUGCUGUAUUGGAUCAGUUUCAUGAUGUCUUUGUUGAACCAACACAAUUACCUACUCAGAGAUCAUUAGAUCACAGAAUACCCCUCAAACCUAGUUCCCAAACAAUAAAUCUUAUACCCUACAAAUGCCCCCACAUUCACAAAGCGGUGGUAGAAUCUUUGGUAGAAGAAAUGCUUAACUCUGGUGUGAUUCAAGACAGUCACAGUCCUUUUGCUUCUCCCAUUCUUUUGGUCAAGAAAAAAUACAAUUCUUGGAGAUUUUGA